UUGUAAAUUUUAGUAAUUUAUUUGAAAAAUUUUUAGGAAUGAUUUUAGUCACAAAAUGUGUGUGCAUACUCCAUUUAGUGAUUAUGUUGGUCUUGGAGAUACAGCAAUAAAUCAAAUAGGGGAAGCAAUUCAAUAUUUAAGAAAUUUUCUUCCGAGAAUUGUUAAAAGCCGUAUUCAUUUAUAUUCUCUACUUCUUUUUGGAAUGGAAAAGAAAUAUAUUAACUCAUUAAAGAAUGUUUAUAAUGAGGUAAUUAAUUGGAAAAAUAAUUUAGAAAUUUUUUAUUUCCCCCUUUUGAGAUGUAUUUAUCUCCCCAUAUUCUUCCUCUUAAAAAUUUCAAAAUCAUUCCAAUUUUAUUUUCAGUCAUUAUUUGAUAAUAUCCACUUUAUGGUUGACUUAGAAAUGAGUAGAUUAGAAGAAUUACAUUUUGCACAAAAAUCAUGUGAUUCUUUAUUACUGACCGCUUCUUUAACUGCUAAUGCCUUUUGGAUGGGUUAUUUAAUGCCUGAGGAUAAACCAAUAUUUUUUGUUCGGAAAAAAUGGCAAUUAAAUAGAUAUGGAAAGAACUUUUAUUUGGAUUCGAGAGAGAAUCUUCCUUCUGAUUGGAUAACUAUAGAGGAAGAAUGGCUACACAAACAUUGA